UGGGUCCGGAGGAGGUGCCGGGAUGGGCCUAGAGAGCGGCUGGUUCAGUUCGCCGCCCUUCGAGGUAGGAGGAGACGGCGCCGUGUUUGCUCCAGCUCCUUUUUCGGCCUUUACCGGUGAAGCCGGUAGAAAACGCGCAGCUGGGAAAGUUCUAAACCGUUUCCUCACGUUUUGAGCGGGAUAUCAUAUUGGUGAGACCAGGAUGUUGAACUGCUUUAGUUCAGAUGAAUCUUCGUUGUUGUAAAUUGCGUUCCAUCCAUCGUCACGUGUUUUGUGGUGGGUUUUUUGGUCUUUUUUUAAAGUGUAGUUGUGUGGCCGUUCAGGAUGUGCUUUAAUUUUGUUAAUUAUAUUAAUUGUGUCGAUAUGGAAUCAGCAGCUGCUCGUUCAGGUGUAGCUCGGCGCUUCAGGGUGAUGCUGUGAUGCAUGAGCUUCUGUGUGGACGUGGCUGGAGGCACUUAAAACUACUGCUGUUUCGUUUUUUGACUAAUUUAGGUGUAAAAAAUGGUUCAGCGCCUGACCUACCGCCGUAGGUUGUCCUACAACACAGCUUCCAACAAGACCAGACUGUCCCGGACACCUGGGAACAGGAUUGUUUACCUCUACACCAAGAAAGUAGGGAAGGCACCGAAGUCAGCAUGUGGCAUUUGCCCAGGAAGACUUCGUGGUGUUCGUGCUGUGCGUCCUAAAGUUCUUAUGAGGCUGUCAAAAACGAAGAAGCAUGUUAGCAGAGCCUACGGUGGUUCCAUGUGUGCUAAGUGUGUCCGCGACAGGAUCAAACGAGCUUUUCUUAUUGAGGAGCAGAAGAUCGUUGUGAAAGUGCUGAAGGCACAAGCACAGAGCCAGAAGUCAAAGUGAAUCUAUUUGUAGUUUCAGCCCAAUAAAUGAAAGCUCCACUUUU